UCCGCGCUGCUGAUGCUGCCGAUGGAGACGGAAGUUUCUGGAAAGUUCAAUGAAACAAGAUAUAAACGGGUCGCGCGUCCGAAAAUAGCAUAUGCGCUCUGGAUUUUCUGCACUUUAUUGACUGACACUUAGACACACAGACGGAUUUGUUUGUCCAGCUGAUCUGAACACAUCGCUUGCCGUACCGAGCAGAGUCCGGGAUAUGGCUGUCGUGGGUUUUGAUGUGGGAUAUCAAAACUGCUGUAUUGCCGUGGUCAAGAGCGGAGGAAUUGAGACUGUAUCCAAUGAAUUUACAGACAGAUGCACGCCAUCUGCCAUAUCGUUUGGUUCAAAGAGCAGGGCCAUUGGCAAUGCUGCAAGAAACCAGAUGAUAACCAAUCCUGCAAACACCAUCUUUCAUUUUAAGAGACUACACAGCAGACUUUACCAUGAUAAUGUUGUGCAAGCAGAGAAGGCUAAUUUACCCUAUGAUCUGGUACCACUAAACGAUGGAAAGGUUGGAGUAAAGGUCUUGUACCUAGACCAGGAGCACCACUUCAGCAUUGAGCAGAUCUCCGCUAUGCUGUUGACCAAACUGAAAGACAUUGCAGAGGCUAACCUGCAGAAGAAAGUGCUGGAGUGUGUCAUCUCUAUCCCCUCAUUCUUCACUGAUUCAGAACGGAGGUCUGUACUGGAUGCUGCCAAGAUUGCCGGCUUGAACUGCCUGAAGCUAAUGAACGACAGCACUGCAGUGGCGCUAAGCUAUGGCAUAUACAAGGAAGAUCUGCCAGGCUGUGAUGAGAAUGCAAAGAUUGUGGCGUUUGUGGACUUGGGUCAUUCAGCCUUCCAGGUCUCCAUUUGUGCAUUCAAUAGGGGUAAAGUUAAGGUUCUGUCUACUGCCUUUGAUCCUCAUUUAGGAGGGAAAGACUUUGACCAGAGGCUGGUUGAUCACUUCUGUGCUGAAUUCAAGUCCAAGUACAUGAUUGAUGUAAAGUCCAAGAGCCGAGCUUUGCUGCGACUGACACAAGAGUGUGAGAAACUCAAAAAACUGAUGAGCAGCAACUCCACAGAGCUUUCCCUCAACAUUGAGUGCUUUAUAGAUGAUAAAGACGUAUGUGGGAAGAUGAACAGGGCUAAAUUUGAGGAGCUGUGUGCUGACUUGAUCGAGAGAGUGAAGUUUACUUUAAUGAAGGCUGUAGAACAGGCUGGAGUGCGUCUACAGGACAUCAGUGCUGUAGAGAUUGUAGGCGGAGCCACACGCAUCCCUGCUGUAAAGGCCCAGAUCAGCAGCUUCUUCAGGAGGGAUGUGAGCACUACAUUAAAUGCAGAUGAAGCAGUGGCCAGAGGCUGUGCAUUACAGUGUGCCAUGCUCUCUCCUGCAUUCAGAGUGCGAGAGUUCUCCAUCACAGAUGUCAUCCCAUUCCCCAUUUCUCUGUCCUGGUCCAGUGAAGCAGAUGAAGGCAAAUCAUGUCAUGAGAUAUUCCGCAGGAACCAUCCUUGUCCGUCAGCUAAAUUGAUCACAUUUUACAGAAACAAGCCUUUCAUUCUGGAAGCUUUUUAUUCAGAUCUAUCAUCCCUGCCCUUUCCUGAGGCCAAGAUCGGUGAAUAUAAAGUGCAGAACAUUCAGUCUCAGGAGAACGGAGAAAAGGCGAAAGUCAAGGUCAAAGUUGAAGUAAACAGGAGUGGUGUAGUGAGUGUGAGCUCAGCUGCCGUGGUCCUGAGAGUGAGAUCAGAUGAGUCUGAAACCACUGAAAUAAAUGAGGAUGUUGACAGUCAUGACGCCUCUGAUGAUACUGACCUACAGGACAAGACACAGGAGGUGAAUAUUGAGCUCUCAGUAAACAAAGAAAACCUGCCAACAGCACAGUGUCCCCCCAUGGAAAAAGAGCAAAAUCAAAGAGAAACACUGAGCAUGAAUGGAGAAGUAAACAAUCACCCUCCUGAUGCUAAAAAAGCCAAAAUGAAGGUCAAGCAUGUCAUUCUGCCCAUGGAGGAGACGUUUAACCAGCAGUUGCCAAAGGAUCGCAUUAGCUUUUACACGGAGCAGGAAAACAAAAUGAUUCAGCAAGACCGCCGGGAGAAAGAGCGUAACAAUGCUAAGAACGCAGUGGAGGAGAAUGUCUACUACUACCGACACAAGCUGGAGAACUCCUAUCAGACAUUUCUAAACGCUCAAGAACAUCAGGCAUUCUCUGAGCUUUUAAAUGGCACGGAGAACUGGCUGUAUGAUGAAGGCGCAGACCAAGAUAAGCAGACGUACAUAAACAGGCUGGCAGAAAUACAUAAACUGGGUUUGCCUGUGCAAAACAGAUACCGGGAGUCCAUACGGAGACCCAGAAUGUUUGAAGAGCUGUCAGCCAAAAUACAGCGCUACAUGACCAUUGUGGAAGAGUAUAAGAAUGGAAAUGAAAGCUAUUGUCAUAUCGAUGCAUUGGACAUGGACAAGGUCAGAGUGUGUGUUAAAGAUACACAAGUGUGGAUGACAAACAUUCAGGAUUCUCAGGAUAAACUCACACCCGAUCAGGAACCGGCCAUACACAGCACUCAGAUCCAGAAGAAAUUACAGACACUCAACAACGUUUGUGAGGAGAUUGUUUCGAAGCCCAAGCCCAGAGUUGACUCUCCUAUGGACGACAACAUUCAGCCAGAGCGCUCGCACAAAAACAAAAGCCCAGAAGAUGUGACUAUGGACUACACAGAUUUUGUUCAAAACGAAGGAAAAAACAACCAUGUCAACAUUUAGCAGCUUAUUUUGGCAACACAAUAUGCUAAAAUGAAGCUCUUUGUUUGAUAUAUUCAAUGCUAAUAGGCACCUUGUAUCUAAAAUCAGGUAUGUUUUUUGUUGUGUAUUGUUUUAUAUUCAUGAAGCAUCAAUCUGAAAACCUUUAAAGCUCUUGCUGUGUUUCAGUCUAGCCUCAAAGCUUUCCAAGUAAAUUCCAACUCUGACUAUGAAUGCAACUCUAUUGACAUAACUGUAAUAAAAUAUGUUUUGAAUUAAGACAAAAGCAAUACUAAAAGAACAGCAAAAGGCAUUUACUAGCACUGAUUGAAAAACAAAAAGCUUGCACUGAAACUAUGACUCUAAACAAAGUGAAAGCUUGCGAUUUCAGAAAUGGAUGUACAAGGGUUGCUGCUUUACGCUUGACUGUUCCACUUUAUUUUCACUGUGCAUUCAAUAGGAUAUGUCAUGUUAAAUUUACAAUUUAUUGACAGUGCUAUCUGUGCAGGUGGAAAUGCACCAGCUGUCUCUGUUGUAUAUGUUGAUGCAGUGAAUUGAUGUGUUGUGCUUGAAACUUUUGUAGUAAGUUUGAAAAUCACA